AUGUCAUGGAGCAACGCUCUCUCAGCCGAACGCAAGGCAUUGAAUAUAUUGACCAUUUGGGCGGUUAUGCACAAUAGGGAUAAAUUGGCCAAGGUGUUUUGGAAACACUCGGACCAGCCUGUGCACUUAGCGCUGGUCAUAUCGAUGAUGUUUGACCGGUUGUCGUGGUAUGCGGUCGACAACAAUAUGAAAUCAGAUCUGAAGCUAAAGUCCAAAACGUUCGCCGACUUCGCGAACGGAGUGCUCGACAUAUGUUAUAACGAAGACAUCUUUCGGGCCAAUAAUGUGCUCAAUCAGUCCAUUCAGGACUGGAACUACAAGACAGCCGUCGAUAUCGCGGCCAACGCACAACGAGUUCUUCCGAACCCACUGUUGGGAAAGCAUUUUGGGCCGACCCUCGUGUGUGAGACAACCGAAAUACUUCAUCGACAACGACCUAAACUGGUUGAUCGAGAUUUGCACCGCAACGCUCUCUCAGCCGAACGCAAGGCAUUGAAUAUAUUGACCAUUUGGGCGGUUAUGCACAAUAGGGACAAAUUGGCCAAGGUGUUUUGGAAACACUCGGACCAACCUGUGCACUUAGCGCUGGUCAUAUCCAUGAUGUUUGACCGGUUGUCGUGGUAUGCGGUCGACAACAAUAUGAAAUCAGAUCUGAAGCUAAAGUCCAAAACGUUUCGGCUGAAGCGCUUGCCUCACGAGCUCCCGGUUAUUACACGAGUUAGUCAGCGCCGGUUGCGUGAGUUGCGCCAGUUUUUGGCCCAUCCCUGUUGUCAGAAGUUUUUGACCAACACUUUUCUCGGCAAUAUUAGACUCCGGGAAAUAAAUUGGGGUAUUUUCACAAUACCCGCAGCCAUUAAAAUACUUUUGUGCGCUUUCUUUGUGUUUCCGCUCUUCAUUUGGGUUCGCUUUAAGAACAAUGAGAUCGAAGUGAUAGACAACUCGGCCAAUGAAGACGAGUUUGACGACAGUUACGAUGAGAUCUAUCGCGAAGACAACACCACGUCAUCGAUGGUAACCGACGAGACGGCCGAUCAGGUGAAGGUCGGGUACGCGAACCCGUCGUUUGCCAAAUCCGUGGCCAACAGUUACGACACGAUUAUCAGUCGGAGUAAGAAUCGCUUCAAUAACUCAAUCCGCGGCCAUAUGUUUGUCGCCAAACCUCCGCCUUUGUGUCAGAUGUUGUCGAUGUUCUUCUCGGCGCCGAUCACCAAGUUUUAUGUCUCGCAACUCUUUUACAUAAUAUAUCUGCCGUUGUUAUCGUUGUCAGUGAUAUAUCCGGGAUGUGGUCUCUGGAAGCUCGACGUAAUGGUCUGUAUUUGGACGACAGUAUUGUGUAUCGAUUAUAUCCGUCGGACGUAUAUUAUCAUCAAAAAGUAUACAUCGGUUCCCGUGUUUCUCAAGUGCAUCGAAAUCGCGUCAAUCAUUGUCUUUAUUGUAAUACUUUCAGUCACCCGAGUCUUCAGUAUUCCCAUAAUCUCUCCGUACAAACAAAAGCUCACUCUUUCGGUGGGAGUCCUGUAUUUCUAUUACAGACUAAUUGGCAUUUAUUUGCCGAUAUCUCCCACAUUGGGUCCGCUAUUACAUCGGCUAAAGCUAAUGAUAACCGUAGACUUUGUCAACUAUAUGCGAAUGGCUCUUCUGGUCAUCUUAAGCAAUAUGGUUGUCAUGCAAGCGGUUCUCUAUCCGGACACUGAAUUGUCAGUUGAAAUGUUUCACAAAGCCUUUCACAGAGCAUUCUUCUCGCUAUUCUUGACACCAGUGGUCGAACUCGAGACCAAUGAAUAUUGUGAACAAAACGAGACAUUAAGCUAUCAACCGGAAGAUCAGUGUUCAAUAACAGGCAAUUAUAAGUCGACUUCGUGUGCCAACACCGGUGUCUGGGCCUAUGCUUUCUUCAUUCAAUACUUGGUUUUCUUGAAACUAAUUUUGUCCACACUUUUGGCCGCAAUAUUUACGGCCACGGCUUCGAAACUGUCGACCGAAACGGACAAUAUAUGGAAAUUUCAGCGAUACUUAUUGGUCAUUGACUUUGAGAACCGACUGCCACUUCCGGCGCCUCAGUGUUGCGCUAAUAAUAAGAAUAACAAAGCAGUGAUCAGUAAUAGUAAUCCAAACGAAGUGUACGAAAGAAAUAAACUGACGCCUGAAGAAUGCAUUUAUUGGCAACAAUUGGCCGCCGAUUAUGUCGAAGAGCUCAACGCACAGACGGCCAAACAGCAGAUCCCAGACAAACAGUGGGAAUACAUUCAGUUGAUCAGCGAAGACAUGGAGUACGAGAAGAAGAUAUUAAGAGAAAUUAAGGGCAAAGUAAUGGGUUUGGAAAGGAUUAUAAUGAAAGAGAAAUUUUCAUCCCAUAUGUAUGCGACCCAAGAGUCCCAUAAGACACUGCUCUCCCAUUACUCUCCAUAUCCGGGAACAGCGAUAACUCGAGUCCCGCUUUCGGAUAAAUACAUACUUUGGGAAGUAUUGCACAUCGACUACGAGCCCAUCGCUUAUAGCAAACCCAUCAAUGAGUUUCCCAUUGAAAUGCAAGCCUUUGUCGACGAAGACAUUAUCCAUCUGAAGGAACUGAAGCAUAGAAAGUCUGAUCUUAACGUACAGUUCCCUCGCUAUGACUGGAAUACACAGGAAGUGUCGCCCGAGAAACAGACAGUGAAUCGUAUUUCGUGGCAAAUGAAUACCGACGGCUCAUCUGUUUAUUACAAACUUGAAGACAAUUUUCUGCCUCGAAAUCCAUUUGGAAGAACAGGACUCAGAGGACGCGGAGGUUUUCCCCGUUGGGGACCAAAUCAUUACAUUAUUCUUGUGAUUACGAGAUGGCAGAAGAGUUCGGCAACCGUUCAGCCGAGACACAGAUAUCUCGAGAUACGUUUUGUGAGCGGAGACGACUUGUUUGGAGAGAUUCAACAAUUAUUUCGUGCGGACUCUGAGUCCAGGCGUUGGGUUUUGCCGGAAGUGAUCAACUUUUUCAAGAGUGUCUGUUCGGCGACCGAUGAAAAUGGGUUUCACUUCAAACUAAUCCAAAACGGAUAUAUCGAUGACUAUAUGAAUACAGACAACGCGUGGAAAGAGGCAAAGGUUUGGCACAUUCACUACGAGUGUCGCGAAUAUCUUAAGAAACGUUUUGUUGACAAAAGGCUUAACUGGAGAUUACUGUCGGACAAUUGGCUGAGACCCCAACCCCUUAAUAAUAUAGAUCUAAGCGAUUCAAUGGCCAAACUGGAGGGCAAUAUUUGGCUGAAAUAUCUCAAACCUGUUGGCAUACUCUCCAACGGCCAGAACAUACCGCCCAUUAUUACCGUCGGGAAGAAAGCGCCGAUACAUAGAGUGGUUGCGUACAUCUCGUCCGGACACAGCGAUGAUAUCAUGAGACCAAACAUGAGUCCACAGCAGCCCUGGAGGAAUGUGAGCGCCGACGCCGACACAAUUGAUCCCAUGUUAGGCACCGCGAAGACGGCGAACGCGAGCACUAGUUUGAGUCCCACUUGA